AUGAAUAAGACUAAAAAUAAUCAUAGAAGAGCUUUAUCAAAUAAUGAUUUCUAACAAAUUUUAACUUCCAAAAUUUCAGGAUUACAAUAAGAUAAUUCACAUAAAUAUUUGUUAAACAAUUAAAAUUUUGACAAUAUGCUCUUCUAAAUACCUGAAUAGACGGAUAUAGCAUCAUCAACUGAAUAAUCAUUAUAAUCUGUUAAAAAGACUUUUAUUAUUGAAUAAAAUACUAAAUUAAAUUAUUCUCAAGAAUUAAAAGAAAAUCUUAAAAAUUAAGAUUUAUCCUCAAAUCUCAUUUCAUAAGUAUAAUAUAUGAUUAAGGGUAAUCAUCCAAUUAAAGAAAUUACUUAAAAAACAUUAAAUAGUGAAAGAUAUGAUAAAAAUAAACAUCUUAGUUUUACAAAUGAAUUAUAAAAAAAACAUAGUUAAGUUAUUUCAUAAUCUAAUAAUAAAAAUAAUUGUUCUAGUUUAACACCAGAUAGAAAAACAAUUUAAUUAAAUGCUACCAAAUUGAAUACUCAUCAAUAAAAAUCUGAUAAAAUUGAAAAAAAUAAAAUUGAAUUGUCAAAUACUUUAUUUAAUAGUCUACUUAAACCUGAUUGUAAAAAGAAACUUAAUAUUGAAUAAUAAGAAUCUUAUAGAAGAAUAGAAUUAUAAAUGAAUAAAAUUUAAUAAGAUAUAAAUACAAUCAAAAUAAGAUAAGAUUAAUUAGAUUUAUUUAAUAGAAAUAUAUAAAAUUAGUUAAGUGAUUUCAUAAAUGAAAACAAAAAAUAAUAAGAUGUAAUUUAUUAAUCCAAGAUUUUAGUAUGGCCAUUAAUCUCUAUAAAAACUUGAGUAAUUAGAAUAAAUUACUAGAAGAAAUGAAGAAUCCAUCUAACUUAUUAAAUAAUAAUUAAUUAUAGAUUAACCAAAUAAAUUUAUUAAAGGAAAUGAAAAUAUCAUCAAUUUUGGGUAUUAUUUAUAUUUUUUUAUAUUUAGAAAUCUCACUUCUUAUAAAUAAUAGGAGAGUGAUUAAUAUAAAAAGCUUAUUAAUUUAAAAAGUAAUAAUAAAAUAUGA